AUCAAGUCAAAUACAUUAUUUCAGAAAAUCUGACAUACCUUCAAUUCCUUCUCCUGGACAAGCUUAUGGAUAUGAAGAAAACAGUGAGGGAAUUCUCUGCAAACAGCCACCACCACACAAAGAUAUACAGCCUACUCCCGCUUUCAACAAAGCUGAAUCCUAUGCAACUCAGAAAUACAAAGGGAUACAUUUUGGAAGACUAACUGCACAACGAAGUUAUAUAAAUAUAAAAGAAGGUCCAGGACCAGGUCAAUAUGAUCUAAGAAAAAAUAAUAAAGUUCAUUAUGAAAAUGUCAAUAUGAAACAAGAAGAAAAGUCAAAACAAGGCUCUUUUAUCCCACGGCAUAUUGAAGCAGUUGUACUACAAGAAAAAAAAAAGGAUAUUCCUGGUCCUGGAAGUUAUGAAAUAAAGAGUCUGUUUGAAAAGAUGCCUGGUACUAAAAACACUCCAUUUCUUUCACAAGCUCAGAGAUUCUCACCAUUUAAAUCAAUCACACCAGCGCCAGGCUCUUACAAUGACCCUCGUACAGCUUUUGAACAUCUGACCAAGAUAUCAAGUGUGAAGAGAAGUCCUUUUGGGCAAACUGCAGUUCGUUUUGUACCAGAUUUCAGAAGGUCAAUUACACCAGGCCACAUCAUUGCGUUUACAUCACACCUGAUGUGUUCGCUUCUGAGACACAGAUGAUAAAAUGUUUUUGCCUGCC